UGAUCUCUGCGCGCAGAAGGAGGAUUCUAAUUCCACAAGUACGAUGCAUCAUCGGAAGUGUCUUGGAUAUGUAUAUAUCGCUGUUUACCUGUGGACGGCGUUCUGCUUUAAAGGUUGUUUUUGUGGUCAGUACCAGCGGAAGCUGUAUAAGGAUCUGUUGAUGAACUAUAACCGUCUGGAGAGACCAGUGUUCAACGACUCCUCUCCUAUACUGGUAGAACUGGGCCUCACACUGUUACAGAUCAUAGACGUGGAUGAGAAGAACCAGGUUCUGAUGACCAACGCCUGGCUAGAGCUGCACUGGACAGAUACCUACCUCUCCUGGAACCCAGAGAACUACCCAGGUGUUCAGAACCUUCGUUUCCCCUCCAAUCAGAUCUGGGUUCCUGAUAUCCUCCUCUACAACAGUGCAGACGAGAGGUUUGAUGCUACCUUCCACACCAAUGUCCUGGUCAACUCCUCUGGAUCCUGCCAGUACAUUCCACCAGGUCUCCUGAAGAGUACAUGCUAUAUCGAUGUCCGCUGGUUCCCCUUCGACGUCCAGAAGUGUGAUCUGAAGUUUGGCUCGUGGACCUACAACGGCUGGCUGCUGGACCUCCAGAUGCUGGAUGUAGACAUCUCCUCAUACAUCCCCAACGGGGAGUGGGACCUCGUGGGUGUCCCAGUGAAGCGUAACGAGCUGUAUUAUGACUGCUGUAAGGAGCCUUACCCUGACGUCACCUUCACUGUCACCAUGAGGAGGAGAACACUGUACUACGGUCUCAAUCUCCUCAUCCCCUGUGUCCUCAUCUCUGGUCUGGCUCUGCUGGUCUUCCUGCUUCCUGCAGACUCUGGAGAGAAGAUCUCCCUGGGUAUCACUGUCUUGCUGUCUCUGACUGUCUUCAUGUUGCUGGUAGCAGAAAUCAUGCCGGCUACGUCAGACUCUGUUCCUCUCAUCGGCCAGUAUUUUUCAUUUGCCAUGAUGAUCGUGGGUCUAUCCCUCGUUGUCACGGUUCUCGUUCUACAGUUCCACCAUCACGACCCUCACGGGGUAAAGAUGCCUAAAUGGAUGCGAGUCAUCCUCCUCAACUGGUGCGCCUGGUUCCUCCGCAUGAAGAAGCCUGGCGAGGAACGCAAGAUGGCCGCCACCUCCACCCUCACCACCAACACCAAUACUACAACCAGCUCCACCACAGGAGGCUACAAGUACUCCCACCCUCCCCCUCACCACGCCAGCACCAGCUCCAUCCAGAUGGGCUCCAUCCCUGGGGGACAGCCCUCCAAUACCUCAACCACCAACGGCAACAUGAACCUGUACUUCGGCUACCACUCCAUGGGUAUGGGAGGGAUGGGAUCCAUGGGGGGGUCUCACGAUAACCCCUGCUGCCCACCUAGCAGUGACUCUUCUGGUGUUGGGGUCUGCAGUGGAGGGGGUGUGGGUGGUAGUCAGACCACAGGGACAGGUGGAACGUGUUCCCCCAACGAGGCGCUACUCUCCGACCGGGACGUGGGAAUCUUCCGGAGGUUGAUGGUGGACCAGAUCCCUGAGAUCGGGCGGAUCCUGGAGGAAGUUCAUUUUAUCGCUCAGAGGUUCAGGGAGCAGGACGAGGGUGAGGCGGUCUGCAGCGAGUGGAAGUUUGCGGCGGCAGUCGUGGAUCGUCUUUGUCUCGUGGCGUUCACGAUCUUCUCCAUUAUCGGCACGUUCACCAUCCUCAUGUCCGCGCCCAACUUCCUAGAGGCUGUGACCAAGGAUUACCUCACGUAAUGUGGAUUUUUAUCUCGGCUGGCUAAUCGGGCUAACGCUAACGAACACUGUAGCGAAUUGGCUAAUGGUAACUAGCACUUUAGCUAUAAUGCUAAACAAUACAAACUACAAACUGUAGCUAACCGCCUCUACUCUGUGAAGCCACUGAAAACCACCUCCCAUCGUUUUGAGAUAAAAUAAUCUUUAGAGUUAUAACUUAUUAUGACACCAGAACUUGGAACACAUUUUACAUUUUAGUCAUUUAGCAGACGCUCUUA